UUCACUUUAAGACACCCAAAACUGGGAGAUUUUAUUACGCAGUUAAAUAUUUUGAACUAAUGUUGAAUCAGGUCAAUACUAACUGUCACCAGCAGAGGGCGCAUGUAGGUCUUGGUAGAUGGCGAACUCACCAGCAAAGCAUUCUGGGAUUUGUAGUAUAAACAGUGAAUGGUUUGUUUCCCAGUGAUCCAGCUCUAGCUGACAUGUUGAAUGUUCUCAUKGACCAAAUGUGACCCACUGCCUGAGUCUGAAGCCUCUGCUGGAAGGAUCCAGUUGGACCUGAUUGGAUUCUGUUCUGACUCGGUUUGAUUCUCUGUCUGCAGAGUCUCAGAGCUGCUGCUGCUAGUGGACCGACUGCAGAUCAUUACCACAAAGAGGAAACAUGAUCAGUGUUUUCAGAUCAGCAGCAGAGAAACGUCUCUCAGUUCAGCAGCUGAUAGACGGACGGAAGAUGUUGGUUCUGGUUCUGGUUCUGGUCGUUGUGCUUCAGGUUGAAGGAACCAGAGGAGGAAAUAUUCAUCUCUAUCGCAGUAGUGCAGAAAGUGCUGUUCUACCUUCAGAGAGACCGUCAUCGUCUUAUCGAUGCUCCGAUGUUAACUGGUUUUACAACAGAAAUACAAGCGAAACUCAGUCAGUGGUUGAAAAUGGAAAAGUUGUUGAUCGUUCACCUCGAGCUUCCAGGUUAAAUUUGAGCAGUAACUGCUCUCUGAUCAUCAGCUACAUCACUGCUGAUGAUGCUGGAAGAUACACCUAUAGAUCUGGAUCCGGAUUCUCCGUAGAUGGAAAUGUGUAUCUGAGUGUUUUAACCUUUUCAGAUGUUGAUCUAACAGAGGAAGAUUUAACAUUACCAUGUUCUCUGUGGAAACACAGUGACCUCGGUCCUUGUCCGGAGAAAAGUUUCCGUUGGUUGGGUAAUAAGAGAACUGUGCUGACUUGUAAAAGUGACGAUCGCAGCUCAAGACAAAGAUGUUUUUCCACUCUAACUGUGGAGCAUCAGAUCGACAAUAACCGGGUAUUCAUCUGCCAGUUUGUUGAAGGAAACAGCGUGAAGGUUGAAUCUGUAUUCGUACUAGGAUUUUUAAAAGUGCAUAUAGGAGUUGAGAGAGGAGAACCAGUAAAUCUCUACCACAGAGUUGGAGAUGAAGCUGUUCUGCCCUGUAACAGACCUUCAUCAUUCGACUCCUGCUCCUCUGUUAAAUGGAUUUAUGAGAGAAAUAAAAACAUGAACGAUCGACAGGAAGUUCAUAGAGGAAUCGUUCAGAGUUCACCUCGUUCUGCCAGGAUGAGUUUGGACAGAAUCUGUUCUCUGACCAUCAACAACAUCACUGAGGAGGAUGUUGGACGUUACAACUGUCAGUUUUGGGACAGAGUCCGUUAUGAGACAGAUGUGUUUCUAAAUCUGCUGAUCAUCAUUUCAUCUCCGCCACGUGUUCAUGCAACACUUCAUGAAUCCGUAAGAUUAAUCUGUUCUCUGCUGAGAUACAGAUCAUCCGAUCCUUGUCCAGUUAAAAGUCUCCGCUGGGUGGAUGAGACAGGAAGUGAACUGACUGAUGAAGGUGAUGGAUAUAAAUCUGUAGGACAGUUUGGUUGUGAUUCUCAUCUGAUUGUGAGUCUUCAGAGCAGCAGAAGAUUCACCUGCCAGUUUGUUGAAGGAAACGAAGUGAAGAUAGAAGCUCACUACCAACAUGAAGGCCCCCCCGCCUCGUCUCCUCUGAGCUUCAUCAUGUUGACUCUGAAGAUCACAGGACUGAUCCUGAUGGUUGGAAUCACUGUUGGUAUCAUCAGAACCAGAGGAAGAAAAAAGCCUCAGAAAGACAUUAAAGUUCAUUUUGCUGCUGAUGACGACACAGUGGAUUAUGAAAAUGAUGGAGAACGUUCUGCUGCCGCCGCACUGCACUGAGCUUCAUCACACCAGUUAGUUUAUAGAAAAACGCUUUAUUUUGAUGUUUCAUCUAUAUGUAUGAGUGUCUUUUUGUUUUUACUUGUUUACAGAUUAAAUUGGCUAAGGAAUAGCUAACAGAUAAAUAUAAUAUCUAAAAUAAAGACCUAUUUUCAAUGAAACUUCAAAUUCAACUGUUGAUACUACAAACUAAUCAGGGAUACUACGGUGCUUUAAUAAAGCAUUAUCUAAGUUUUUCUUCUUGCGCAGUUAUUUUUACAGGCUGACUCGCUGUUAAAUGUCAUUUUUAGUCAUAAACUCAUAAAAUAAAACGUAAUAAUUGCAUUUAAAGCGCACACGGGUCUCGUACAC